CCAGCCGGCAUCACAGCAUAAAGAAGCUUGACAUUACUUGCGAUUCAAAUGUUAGCUGUCAUUGAAAUGACUUUACUUCAGUGUAAGUUCCUCAUGUUCCCUCUGAGUACUAUGGCAAGAGGAAAGAGAAACUAAGAAUAUUUUUAAAUAGUCAUUUUGUUUCUUCACGGAAUUACUGUGGCCUUCUGAACUGUAGAACUGGGGCGCCUUUGCAUCUUCCAGUUACAAAUUGAGUGCCUUUCUCAGCUUCCCCAGAGUUCCUCAGGAGUAACAGAAGGGAGGAUGGUCUGUGUUUCAGGUUGCGGAAGCAUGAGAAGAUUCUGUAACUGAGAGGCAUUCUUCAAGCUGCUGGAAAAUAUUACAGAAGGAACACCUCCCAGAUUUUGCUUCAAACUCUGAAAAUAACGAGCACACGGGGGAAGCUUAGUCUUGCUUGUGGAUCGAAGCAAAUGCUAUCUGAGAAGUGAACGGGGACUUGGCGCGUGGACUCCUGGCGUGGUCUGUAUAGGACAGGGUGCAUGUUGUGGGGACGGGCAGGACCCGAGGCCCUGAAGUCAGCAGGGGCCAUCUGUAUGGAGAGACGCGGCUGUGGUCCAUUUCCAAGGUGUUGGGCUAAAGAAUAUGACAGAUACCUAGCAUCUAGCAAAAAAAUGGCAGCUGCUUACCUUGAUCCAAACUUGAAUCACACGCCAAAUUCCAGUACGAAGGUUCCCCUAAGUACUGGUAUGGAACGAUCCCCUGGUGCAAUGGAGCGAGUAUUAAAAGUCUUUCAUUAUUUCGAAAGCAACAGUGAGCCAACCACCUGGGCCAGUAUCAUCAGGCAUGGAGAUGCUACUGAUGUCAGGGGCAUCAUUCAGAAGAUAGUGGACAGUCACAAGGUAAAGCAUGUGGCCUGCUAUGGAUUCCGUCUCAGUCACCUGCGGUCAGAGGAGGUUCACUGGCUCCACGUGGACAUGGGCGUCUCCAGUGUGAGGGAGAAGUAUGAGCUUGCCCACCCACCAGAGGAGUGGAAGUACGAAUUAAGAAUUCGUUAUUUGCCAAAAGGAUUUCUAAACCAGUUUACUGAAGACAAGCCAACUCUGAAUUUCUUCUAUCAACAGGUGAAGAGUGAUUACAUGUUAGAGAUAGCUGACCAAGUGGACCAGGAAAUUGCUUUGAAGUUGGGUUGUCUAGAAAUUCGGCGCUCCUACUGGGAGAUGCGUGGCAACGCGCUGGAGAAGAAGUCCAACUAUGAAGUAUUAGAAAAAGAUGUUGGUUUAAAGCGAUUUUUUCCUAAGAGUUUACUGGAUUCUGUCAAGGCCAAAACACUAAGAAAAUUGAUCCAGCAAACAUUUAGACAGUUUGCCAACCUUAAUAGAGAAGAAAGCAUUCUGAAGUUCUUUGAAAUCCUGUCUCCAGUGUACAGAUUUGACAAGGAAUGCUUCAAGUGUGCUCUCGGCUCAAGCUGGAUUAUUUCAGUGGAGCUGGCGAUCGGCCCCGAAGAAGGGAUCAGUUACCUCACAGACAAGGGCUGCAACCCCACACAUCUGGCUGACUUCACUCAAGUGCAGACCAUUCAGUAUUCAAACAGCGAAGACAAGGACAGGAAAGGAAUGCUACAGCUGAGAAUAGCAGGCGCUCCCGAGCCUCUGACAGUGACGGCACCAUCCCUAACCAUUGCAGAGAAUAUGGCUGACCUGAUAGAUGGCUACUGCCGGCUGGUGAAUGGAGCCACGCAGUCUUUUAUCAUCAGGCCCCAGAAAGAAGGUGAACGGGCUUUACCAUCAAUACCAAAGUUGGCUAACAGUGAAAAGCAGGGUGUGCGAACACACGCCGUCUCUGUGUCAGAUGAAAUUAGUGGGGACGAAACGGACGAUUAUGCUGAGAUUAUCGAUGAAGAGGAUACAUAUACCAUGCCCUCAAAAAGCUAUGGAAUAGAUGAAGCCAGGGAUUAUGAGAUUCAAAGAGAAAGAAUAGAACUUGGACGAUGUAUCGGAGAAGGCCAAUUUGGAGAUGUACAUCAAGGCGUUUACAUGAGUCCAGAGAAUCCAGCUCUGGCGGUUGCAAUUAAAACAUGUAAAAACUGUACUUCGGACAGCGUGAGAGAGAAAUUUCUUCAAGAAGCCUUAACGAUGCGUCAGUUUGACCAUCCUCACAUUGUGAAGCUCAUCGGCGUCAUUACAGAGAACCCGGUCUGGAUCAUCAUGGAGCUGUGUACCCUCGGAGAGCUGAGGUCAUUUUUGCAAGUAAGGAAAUACAGUUUGGAUCUAGCAUCUUUGAUCCUGUAUGCCUACCAGCUCAGUACAGCUCUUGCGUAUCUAGAGAGUAAGAGAUUUGUUCACAGAGAUAUUGCUGCUCGAAAUGUUCUGGUGUCCUCGAAUGACUGUGUGAAAUUAGGAGACUUUGGAUUAUCCCGAUACAUGGAAGAUAGUACUUAUUACAAAGCUUCCAAAGGAAAAUUGCCUAUUAAAUGGAUGGCGCCAGAGUCCAUCAAUUUCCGACGUUUUACCUCAGCUAGUGACGUGUGGAUGUUUGGUGUGUGCAUGUGGGAGAUCCUGAUGCACGGCGUGAAGCCUUUCCAAGGAGUGAAGAACAACGACGUGAUUGGGCGCAUCGAAAACGGGGAGAGGUUACCGAUGCCUCCAAACUGCCCUCCUACCCUCUACAGCCUUAUGACGAAGUGCUGGGCCUACGAUCCCAGCCGGCGGCCGCGGUUUACUGAGCUCAAAGCUCAGCUCAGCACAAUCCUAGAGGAGGAGAAGGUGCAGCAAGAAGAACGGAUGAGGAUGGAGUCCCGAAGACAGGCUACGGUGUCCUGGGACUCCGGAGGGUCCGAUGAAGCACCGCCCAAGCCCAGCAGGCCUGGUUAUCCUAGUCCAAGGUCCAGCGAAGGAUUUUACCCCAGCCCACAGCACAUGGUACAGACCAAUCACUACCAGGUCUCUGGCUACCCUGGUUCACACGGAAUCACGGCCAUGGCUGGCAGCAUCUACCCAGGUCAGGCAUCUCUUCUGGACCAAACAGAACCAUGGAACCAUAGACCUCAGGAGAUAGCCAUGUGGCAGCCCAAUGCGGAGGACUCGACUCCGCUGGAUCUGCGAGGACUCGGGCAGGUGCUGCCAACCCACCUGAUGGAGGAGCGACUGAUCCGACAGCAGCAGGAGAUGGAAGAGGAUCAGCGCUGGCUGGAGAAGGAGGAGAGAUUCCUGAAACCCGACGUGAGGCUCUCUCGAGGUAGCAUCGACAGGGAAGACGGGAGUCUUCAGGGUCCGACUGGGAACCAACACGUGUAUCAGCCUGUGGGGAAGCCGGAUCCUGCGGCUCCACCAAAGAAGCCCCCACGCCCCGGAGCCCCUGGUCACCUGGGCAGCCUUGCCAGCCUCGGCAGCCCUGGGGACGGCUAUAACGAGGGCGUCAAGCCGUGGAGGCUGCAGCCCCAGGAAAUCAGCCCCCCACCCACCGCCAACCUGGACCGGUCCAAUGACAAGGUGUAUGAGAACGUGACGGGCCUGGUGAAAGCUGUCAUCGAGAUGUCCAGUAAGAUCCAGCCGGCCCCGCCAGAGGAGUAUGUCCCUAUGGUGAAGGAAGUCGGCUUGGCCCUGAGGACUUUGCUGGCCACUGUGGAUGAGACCAUCCCUGUCCUGCCAGCCAGCACGCAUCGAGAGAUUGAGAUGGCGCAGAAGUUGCUGAACUCUGACCUGGGAGAGCUCAUCAACAAGAUGAAGCUGGCCCAGCAGUAUGUCAUGACCAGCCUGCAGCAGGAGUACAAGAAGCAAAUGCUGACCGCGGCCCACGCCCUGGCCGUGGACGCCAAGAACUUACUCGACGUCAUUGACCAAGCCAGACUGAAAAUGCUGGGGCAGACCAGACCGCACUGAGCCUGGCCCGAGGAGCACGUCUUCCUCCCCUCCUUCAAGAUGUUCUCUAGCCUUCCACCAGCAGCGAGGAGUUAACCCUGUGUCCUCGGUCGCCAGCACUUAAGCCCCAUUUUUGAAUGAUAUCUGGUUGAAAAUCUCUCUCAUAUAAGUUUAACCACUUUUUGAUUUGGGUUCAUUUUUUGUUGGAGUUUUGUUUUUAAUCAUGAUGUUCAGAAAAGUCUGGAACCCAAAAAUACGGCAUUUUUCUGAGAAUGAAAACUGUACAUAAGAAGCUUUUAAGAAUCAUGAAAAACAGCUUACGUUCGCGUUAGGACACGUUUUCAUGGUGGUGGCCAAGGGGUGACAUGUUAAUUCCUGAACUGCCUUAGCUGCAUGUUGGGGGAAGAGGGCAUGAAGUGAAGAAUCCCGGGAAACCGAGAGGCUGAGAAUUCUUUUGCCAACCAUGGAGUUAUUAUCCAGACUGGAAUUUUUGUUUGUUAAAACACCCUUCAGUUGCAAUAUGCUAACCCCACAUUACGAAGAAAGUAUAAAAGCUAUAUUUUGAAGACUUGA